UAACCAGUUACAUACCCGGGAACGUGACACUGGCUCCGCACACCAACCAAAACGUCUGUUGCUCUACCUGAAAAGUUCUCAUAUUCACUGUAUCCACCACCGGAAGCACCAACUGGCAGCGUAUGGCUGCCCAGGAACUUGCCCGCUGGACACGCUUUGCUGCCAAAGGAGGCGUUGGGCGUUGUACAGCGACCGUGGAUUGUGUCGCAAGGGAAAUUGGUGAUCUCAUGUUUCUCAAGGACGAUGAAAUCACGGUGUUGAUGCAGCUUCCUGAAAUUGGGUAUUACUUGGUGCGUGUUCUUCUCUGUUGUUCCAGUCUAUGUCUCCGCUUGUUUUUACCACAUUCUCUACACGUUCGCCAUGUUUUUAAUGCUUCUGAAUCUUUUCAUACCCAUUUAUUUUAUUCUGUCUUUUGGGUCGACACACCACUAACAUCGGUUCACCACCAGGGCUUCUGCGAAGGUGUCGUGGGACGUUUCUCUGGCACAGACGUGAAAUUUCACGGGAAGCUCAAGCGUCCUAUCAUGGCAAAACGAGGCUCCCUUGGUGUUGCAGAUACACGUCCCAUGUCACUUGAGCGAGCAUCACCAUCGUGGCCGGAGAACUCCAGCGGCGCAAGGGCAGGCAGUUCUAAUGUAAAUCGUCCCGGAAGUUCAUUGGCAAGAGCCGACAGUGCUUCAGACUCACGUUCCGGGGGCUCGCCGGUCAGACAGAAGCCGCUUUCACCUGACAUGUAUCUAUACUCGUCCUCCCCUGAGCGCUUCAGGGAAUACGAGCGAACGAGGGGCCGUACACAGGAGUUGACAGCGUCUGGGUCUGGGUCGUCUGUGUACUCAACUGUAUCAACGUCAAGCACCGCCUCGACCAUGUUCUCCGAUGGCGAUGGGUGGCGUAGGAGCGAGGAUUCGUUUUUGUUGAACGGAGUGGUGCCAUCGUCUUCGUCUGGUUCAGUGCAGGCUUCGUCGAGCACAAAAUCAGUGCCUACUUCGUUUUCGUCUUCGUCAAUAGAUUCAAUGCCAACGUCUUCAUUAAACUCCACCCCAGCUACCUCGAGUGCGCAAUCCAUUCCUUCUUUAGGCUCGACACACACUUCCUCCGCAGGAUCUGUGGAGAAGCUCCUUUGGUCUCUGUCGAAUCAUUCACCUUCGAUGUCUCAGUCUACGUCAGGUUCCAUUUCUACAUCCGCCUCUGAGUCCAUGUCAGGAACAUUUCUGAAUCCAAGCUCGACGUACGGCUCCUUGACCUCAGCUCCCACUUCAAAUUCGUCAUCGUCUUCCACCAAUUUUGCGACCUGCUGCAACGAAAGGGCUGACCGUGGCUCCGCUGCGCCUCAGUAAGUCGCCACGACUCCCAGCGAGCCCGAUGCUCUCGCCGAUGUCGCCUUCGCUUCCAUCACCUGGAUCGGGAACAACUUCGCGCGCUUACUCACCUCUCCCGUCACGUUCGCCACUCCUGGCAUCUUUCACGCUCCCCGCAAAGAGCAGUCCACCACGCUCGCCUCUCCCGCCACCUCCAGGAGAAAUACCACAAUCUCCGCC